AUGUCCAUCAUCUACGCCCUCGUCGCAAGAGGCACCAUCAUCCUCGCCGAAUACACAAACUCAUCAGGAAACUUCACCACCGUCACCGAGGCAAUCCUCGAAAAGAUCCCGCCCAACAACUCCAAACUCACCUACGUCUACGACAGGCAAGACUCUUUUCUGUAUCUGUUCCACUACAUUUGCCACGAUGGAUUGACGUACAUGUGCAUGGCCGACGACACCUUUGGUCGCCGCAUCCCCUUCGCCUUCCUUCAGGAUAUCAAGACCCGCUUCUUGACCCAGUACGCUCGGGAACGUGCCAUGAGUGCCACGGUCCCCUAUGGCAUGAACGAGUUCUCAAAAACCAUUGCCAAGCAAAUGGAGUACUUCUCGACAAACCCCGAGGCUGACAGGAUCAAACAAGUUCAAGGAGAAAUCGAGCAGGUCAAGGAUGUCAUGGUACACAACAUCGAGCGCGUGCUGGAACGUGGAGAGAGGAUUGAACUCUUAGUUGACAAGACCGAUAACUUGAACCAGCAGGCCUUUGCCUUCAAGAAAAGGAGCACCCAGCUCAAGAGGACCAUGUGGUGGAAGAACACAAAACUGACCAUCAUCUUGACCUCCGUCAUCAUCGUCCUGUUCUACUUGAUCAUUUGCUCCGCGUGCGGGUUCCCCUUCUGGUCAAGCUGCCGCGGCUAA